CUAACCCGACUGGCGUGGACUCAACAUGGAGUGGGUGACUGCGAUGUCAUCAGAGACACAAAGAAGCUCCGCCUAGGCGUAUUCUACAUAUUCUGGUCGAGGUAGAUCAAACGGGGAGAACGGAAGAAAUGCCGAACCGGUGUGUGGCGUAUGGUUGUGGAAAGACGCAUGAAGACAACGUGACCCUGUUCAAGUUCCCCAAAGACCCUGUGGAAUAUCGCAAAUGGGAGAAGCAGGUCCAGAGGACUCGGACUAACUGGGUCGGGAAGUCCACCUCACACCUGUGCAGCGACCACUUCGGCAAGGAAUGCUUCGAACCGAAGCCCGCGGCGGCGGUAAAGGGCGCCAACUCAAAGUCGUGUUUGAAACUGAAGGACGGGGCGGUUCCGACCGUGUUCAUACGUCCCCCGUGUCCCACCUGCGAUAGUGAUGGUUGCGACUGCACCGCUUGCUCCCUUAAAGGAAGGAGGCGUCACGGGGCUGUCGAAUCGAGGGAUCACGAGACUGAGGAAGACUCCACAGGUCCAGGUGGCCCCUGGCAGAUGGAUACAGGUGUCCUAGAGGAAGAGGAGAAAGAGGAAGAUGAUGAGGAAGAGGAGGAAAAUGAGGCGGGUGCAGGGAAUUCUCAAGGAGAGAUGGUCCCGUUUUCCACCCAGGAGGUCCCCUCCCCCGCCAAAGAGUCUUCGCCAAAGGAGGAUGAGCCUGCGGUGUGCGAGAUGUGUGGCAUAGUGGGCACCAGAGACACCUUCUUCUCCAAGACCAAGCGCUUCUGCAGUGUCUCCUGCUCACGCUCGUACUCCUCCAACUCCAAGAAGGCCUCCAUACUGGCGCGGCUGCAGGGGAAGCCGCCCACGAAGAAGGCCAAGGUGCUGCACAAGGCUGCCUGGUCAUCCAAGAUCGGGGCCUUCCUCCACUCCCAGGGCAUCGGCCACCUGCUGGAUGGGACCGCCACUGGGCAGGAUGUUGCUGUGGGCUUUGACUGGGGCAGUUACCUGAAAGAGACCGGCUACAAUGCUGCCCCUGUGUCCUGCUUCAGACAUGUGCCCCUGUACGCUCAGUGGGAUGACAUUUCGGUGGGGCUGAAGGUGGAGGUUCUGAACAAUGACGCGGUGCUGCCCAGUAAGGUGUACUGGAUCGCCUCCAUCGUUCGCCUCGCAGGCUACAAGGCCCUCCUGCGGUACGAGGGCUUCGAGAAGGACAGCACCCAUGACUUCUGGUGUAACCUGGGCACCGUGGACAUCCACCCCAUCGGCUGGUGCGCUGUCAACAGCAAGCUGCUGGUGCCUCCGCAGUCGGUGCACCAGCGCAUUAAGAACUGGAAGACCUACCUGAUGAAGAGGCUAGUAGGAGCCUGCACCCUGCCUGUCGACUUCUACAUUAAGAUGGCGGAGAGCAUGAAGCACCCGUUCCGGCAGGGCAUGCGCGUGGAGGUGGUGGACCGCACCAUGGUGAGCCAGACCCGCUCGGCGGUGGUGGACACAGUGAUCGGGGGGCGCCUGCGGCUCCUGUACGAGGACGGCGGCCUGGAGGCCGGAGGGGAGGCCAUGUCCGACUUCUGGUGCCACAUGUGGAGCCCGCUGCUGCACCCCAUGGGCUGGUCCCGCAAAGUGGGUCACAAGAUCAAGAGCGCCGACAAGCGUGUUGACAUGAGCAGCCACCCAACGUUCCGCAAGAUUUACUGUGAUAGUGUACCCCACCUCUUCAAGAAGGUGCGGACCGUGUACAUGGAGGGGGGGUUCUUUGAGGAGGGGAUGAAGCUGGAGGCCAUUGACCCUCUGAACCUGGGGAAUAUCUGCGUGGCCUCUGUGCGCAAGGUGCUGCUGGACGGGUACCUGAUGGUAGGGAUCGAUGGGAUGGAGAUUGGGGACGGCUCAGACUGGUUCUGCUACCACGCCACCUCCCAUGCCAUUAUGCCCACGGGGCACUGCCAUAAGAACAAGAUUCCCCUGACACUGCCCCCUGGGUACAGCCAGGCCACUUUCACCUGGGCCAAGUACCUGGAGGAAACUGGGGCUGUGGCUGCCCCAGCACGACUCUUCCAGACGGACUGUCCGGGCCACGGGUUCGCCCCCCGGAUGAAGCUGGAGGCGGUGGACCUGAUGGAGCCACGCCUCGUCUGUGUGGCCACCGUGAAGCGCUGCGUCGGCCGCCUGUUGCUCGUGCACUUUGACGGCUGGGAGCCCGAGUUCGACCAGUGGGUGGACUGCCAGUCCCCGGACAUCUACCCUGUGGGGUGGUGUGAGAUCACAGGGUACCAGCUGCAGCCCCCUAUAGCUGAGGAACCUGCAUCAGAAGAUAAACAGCCAAAGAAGCACAAACCCCUGGGUAAAAAGAAGAAGAGGCUGGUGAAGAAGAAGCUGGCUAAUCUCAUCGCCAAAAACCGGCCCCCGCCCCGAGUCCGGCCCCCUGAGCCCCCUGAGCCCCCUGCACCUCCUGCCCUGCUGGAGCCCAAGAGUGAGCCCAUCGAGGAAGAGAUAAUUGCGGUGAAGGUGAAGGAGGAGGAGGUGGAGGCGGAGGUGGAUUCGGGCCCUCCCGCGCCGCCUGAGCCGCCAGUCAAGGAGCCGGAAGCCCCGCAGACGCUGCUGGAGCAGGUGAAGGAGGAGGAGACUGAGUGAACCCAGAGCCCGGGCACGCCGAGCCAGACUCACUGCCACGGAUCCCCCUCCAGAAGGCUGGGGUUCACACUGUUACACAAAGCCCUGGACCCCCCCCCCCCCCCCC